AUAGCGAUAUUCACCAACACGCCCGUUGCUAACAAUAAUAUGCCACCCUGUCAUCCAACCCCUUUCACUCGCCUGGCGGCAUGGAACGACCGGCAGUUGUAACUCUCCCGUCAGCUGACCCCCUUCAUAACUUAGCGACGGGUCGAAGCUUGAAACUUGGGUCAGGCUAUUUACCAAUAUUGGUUGUGUGUCGGCUGACGAAGCCGGACGUCUCGCUACCCGCUCCACUCCCCAAUAGCCACCACCCCUACCCACGGGCUCCGACUCGUCACUUGUGUGAGAGACAGUGACAGACAGUGUUAUUACAUAGCCGCAUUGUGUUGGAAGUUCAUACCGACGCUUCGCUGGAUUAGGCUGAGUAAUUUGACAAGUUAUUUCACUGGCGAGUAUUGUCACUGUUAUACGGAGCUACAAGAACCCGAAAGGGAAUAACAGUGUAUUCAUAUCAAGUGUAUAGCCUUAGUAUCUGGACAAUAUGAAUUUGUCGCCUAGUCGCUUUCUGUUUACACAUGUGUCAUGACUUUAACUGGGGAUUACCGUGGCUUAUUCUACCUGUGUGCUGAAGACCCGUGUGUCGUGUGAUCGGUGCCUGAACCUACCUGUCACCAGUGUGUCGUGCUGUCGGUACACACGGGAACAUACAGAGGCUUCUAACUUCGAUUCCAGUUUAUUGAGAAUUAGUCCAGCAACGCGAUGGUGUGCCUAAUGACCACAGAGUAUCCUCAAUCAAACCAAUAACUGUCAGACAAGAUUGAUAGACCAAUAUCAACAUGAGGCCACAGUCGGCAUCGGCGUUGUUGCGGGGACCACCGCUGUGCCUGAGUGACGUCAUGAAGAUGGGGUACCUACAGCAGGUGCGUGACCUUGUGGACCUCGGCAUGAACAUCGACAGUAGGGACGUGGAGGGUAAGACCCCGUUGAUGUUGUGCGCGUUGAUGGAGCCACAGUCUUGGGGAAUCGGGAUAUCCAGACAUCUUAUAGAAAAUGGGGCCAAUUUGACUCUGAGGGAUAAGGCGGGUUUAAACGCCUUGCAUUAUGCAUGUAUCUAUGAACGGGAUGCGUUGGCCAAGGUGUUCCUUCAUGCGAUUGACUUUGAUCUGAACCAAACUGAUAAACAUGGCAACACAGCUCUACACUACUGUGUCCAGUCGGGGAAUGUGGACAUGGUGAAGCUUCUUGUGGAACACCUCCGGAGAUAUGGCUUGUCCUUGGAGAGAGAGAAUAGGGCGGGUAUAACCGCCCGCAGCCUGGCACAGAAGCUCACCUGGACAGAAUGUGUCGAGCUUCUGUCGGAUCGUGAGAAAGAGGUUGAGGAGGAGGUAGAUGAGAAACAAAAGGAGAUUGAGAAAUAUGAAGUGACAAGCGAGAAGAAUGAAAUCGACGAUACGAGAAGCCAGAAGGAUGAUACGUGCGGUGUGAGAAGCGAUAAAAGUGAAAGUACGAGGUUAGAAGCGAGACGAACGCGAAAGAAGAUAAGAAGAGAGGAGAAGGAAAAGGAUGAGUUAAGAAGCGAGAAGAACGAGAAGGAUGAGAUAAGAAGUGAGAAGGGUGAGAAAGAUGAACUUUCGAAUGAGAAAAAUGAACAGUGUGAGCUGUCAAGUCAGAAAAGUGUUUUGAGUUUGUCACUUACGGAGAGUAACUUGAAGUCAUUUUCCGAGGAGGCUUCUUCAAUGCGUCAACCUCAGCGUCCCAAGACGGCAUUAUUGAAACGUCGCCGUACGUCAUCAGCAAGUUCAGCUUCCAGUCUCUCAUCAGGGGGACGGAGUCAGGCAAGCAUGAAGUCCACACCGAGGAACAAGACACCAAAACGAUGCCUUUUACCAAACGCAAAGAACGAGGACAGUAUAAUCAGAUGUGUCAGUCUGUCGGAUUUCCGCAACACCAAAGAGUACGUGUUUAAGCUGACCGCUGUCCCCUACGACGAACUCGAAAUAGAGCGAGGCCUUCCUUCAAUCCGGCGACCUCAGUCAGCCUGGACUCCAAGACGGGAGGCUGCAUAUCAGGCAGACACAGAACCAUUCAGUUGGAGAACGGAAUUCAAAAAGCUUUAUGUUGAAUACGAGUUUCAGUGUUCUCCAUCUUGGCGUGAUGCAGCAAAAACCAUUGCAGAUCAACUACCACUGACCCCUCCUUCCCCUCUCCCACAACCAGAUGAAGCGGAAGAAGACAAAGCCAAGGACAGAAAAGGAAGACGGUCGAGUUUGACAGUUAAAAGUCAGCUUUCCGUGGAAUCAUUUAAGGACAAACGGCGUCCAUCUGGAAACAUUAAGCUUCGGAAACUGUCGACGUCUGGAGCUCCCACACCCCACAUGAAGGGCGUCGAUGGAGCGCUAGCAUCCAGCUCCGAAUCUCUCAACAGCAGCAACUCCUCCAAGAAAAAAGAUGGAGUCCAGUAGUAAAGGUGAUAUCACUGCAAGCAAGAGCCAGAAAAUGACACCGCCUGAUAAAGACGUCUUAAUGAAAGGCCCUAAGUCGUCGUUGUCGAUCCCCGCUGUCACGGAGACGUUGGUAGGAGACACCGAUAACGACGAGAACACGUCAGAUGACGCGGCAUUAACCGACAGCAACCGCCUUUCUGUUCUCAGUGAUAUAGACGAGGAUUCGUAGUAUAGGUGUGUAAUACAAUGUCAAUUUCAAUGGACUUAAUAACACGUUCAUCAGCUCUAUAGCUGAUCGGUUUUAAAACUAUUAUUUAUUUAUAGUUUAAUGUAUUUAUCCACAGACGUUCACAUGGAGGUGAAACAACAUGUCUCUGACGCAUUGACGAAUUCCUUUUGUGAUAAAUGUUAACAUUUGUGUGUGACCUGCUGCAUCUGGCACCAUGUGUCAUUACUGUAGUCAUUGACUGAAGAGAGACUACAAGAUACAGGUAGCAGCGCCAUCCGUCUUCGUUCUGGUAUCCACAAGGAGGUGAGGUGCGGAUAAGGUUUAUGAAUGGUGAAGUUACAUGUAAUGUUAAUCUCCAAGGCCAAUGACAUCAUCUGUGAAUGGCUUUCAUCUAUUUGUGAAACGUUUAUCAACUACCUUAGAAAUGUUUCUCGUACUGUUAUCAACCUCUUAUGAAAGGUUUCAUGUUCUGUUUUCCAUUCCCUAGAAACGUUUACGAUACUGUUAUCAACUACCUAUGAAACGUUUCCUGUACUGUUAUCCUAUACCUUUGACACAUACAUACAAAUACUUGUAUAGCGUCAAUACCUUUGGACCGAACACGUUUCCUGUGUUGUUAUCCAAUACCUAUGAAACGUUUCCUGAACUGUUAUCCAUCUAUACCUAUGAAACGUUUCCUAUAAUACUGUUAUCCAAUACCUAUGAAACGUUUCCUGUACUGUUAUCAAUACCUAUGAAACGUUU